AUGAGAUUGUCACAUGGUCUUGCGCUUUGCGUUUUUCUGUCGCUGUCCUGCACAGUUACACCCGUCAACAUCCCAUUAGCAGACAUUCACGUAGCACAUAUCGAUGCCCGAGAAGUUAUCAACCCGGGGCCCGUUGACAGCCCAAAGUUCUUCGACCUAGAGAAACGUAGAGGAGGAGGUGGCAGUGGCGGGGGCGGGGGUGGUGGUGGAAGGGGUGGAGGAGGAGGAGGAGGCAGAGUAUCUGGAGGCGGGAGUGGAGGACGAAGCGGUGGAGGUGGACCAAAGGGGGGAGGAAGUGGAAGUUCACCUAGGGGAGGAAGUGCAGGGUCGACUGGAGCUAGACCCUCAAGCAAUAUCGGCGGCUCAACACGUUCUGGCUCCGGAACGCCUCGCAGUUUCGGAGGAGGCGGCUUCUAUCCUGGCGGCGCCGCAGUUCCCUAUACAGCCGGUGGAAGAUCAAGAAUGGGAUUGCUCCCCUUUGCUUUCCUCCCAAUAGCUGCCCUUGCUUUCUUCCCCGGUGUCUGGCUUUUUGGGGCCCACGCCUAUCACAUCGGGCAUUAUAACCAUCGUAAUACCUCAGAUCCCAAUGCGAACGUUACCCAAAUCCCCAUUGAAUGUCUGUGCCAGCGGUUCGGUGUCUGCGGCUGUGACAAAAACGACAACACAACAUAUAUUGAUCAGCUGCUGAGUGAAAAGGAUAGAGAUGGCCUGCCCAAGAACACUUCGACUAUUGUCGUGGCUACGGUCAAUGGCACUAGAACUAUCUAUGUGAAUGGCACGCUGGCUAAUGGGACGACAAGCUCCGACCCAUCCAUCAAGGAAAGUUCUAGCAGCUUUACUUCCCCGCCCGUGCUGUCGAUGCUGAGCGGCUAUUGGGUCAUGGCUUCAUUGUUUGUUGCGACCGUUACGCUGAUAUAA